GGAAUCACUGCUAGUUUUCAGACUGAAUGAGUGUUUCUCUCUGGUGUAGGGUUACAGAAAGAGAGAAGGUUUAAAACUGGCAAAGUAAGACCCAAAUAGUACAAGACCAGCACUGUGCAGAAGCAUGAUGUUAACUAGAGUGCACAUUUUCCUCUCUGUGCCACUUUCUCUCCCUCAGCUUCAGUGCAUUCCUGUCAUUACCAGCCCACACAUUCAUUCAUCUCUCCUCCUCCUUCUCUCUUGCCUCUCAUCCUCCCAUCAUGUUUCCCGAGUCUCUGUUGUGUUGCCUUCUCUUCCUCUCCAGCGUGCACAUGGGUUAGCACUGGAUAAAGCAUUACAGUGUUACAGAGUGGAUAAAUCCCUCUGGGGAGAGGGGAUGAGUCAGGUAGAUCUGCAUGUGUGUGUGUGUGCAUGUGUGUGACAGGGAAUCUCAGGUUUAAUGUAUGAGGCAAAAGCUCUCUGUGGCUGUCUGCAGCGAGCAGACGGUCAGAUGAAUGAAAUUUUUUUAUUCUGAAGAGGAAAUCCACAUCACCUCUCAUUCAUAUUUGGAUAUUAGCCAUAUAUCAUCUGCUUCUUUUCUACUUCCCUCUACUUUUUGCUGUCAGGUUUUCUCUGCACUCCUUCCAGACAUUCAUCUAUUCUGCAUUUUUUGCUGCAUCUCUCACAUUUUUCCAUUCCUCUUCCUCACUUUCCGACUGGGUCACCAUGGAUAUCGGUGGCCUGACGACAGUGGUGGCCAACUCUGCCUACAUCUCAGCCCGCGGCAGCUUUGAUGGCACUGCCAACCCUGCAACCAACCGAGACAAGAAGUACCACUCACGCCUGAAGCUGCCUCACAUCACGGUGUGUGAAGGCUUGCGGGAGACUUUAGAUCUGGGCUUCCAGACAGUCUGCGUGGAGCAGCCCAUUGGCAAACGUCUCUUCCAGGAGUUCCUGGACUCCAUCAAAGAAUACAAAAGCCCCUGCCGCCUAUGGAAGGAUAUUGAGGAAUACAACAUGGCUGAGGAUGAAGACAGAGUCAAAAAGGCAAGCAAGAUCUUGUCGAGGUACAUGGAGCCGGACGCUAAGUAUUUCUGCUCCUUCCUGCCAGAAAACGGCAUCACAAAGGUCAAAGAGAAACACCAAGAGGCCGGGGAUGAACUUUUCAGUGAGACCAUGGACAACGUGAUGGACUUUCUCAAGGAAGUGCCCUACACUUUCUUCCUGGAGAGUAUGUAUCUGAAAAGGUUCCUGCAGUGGAAAUGGCUGGAGAUGCAGCCAGUGGGAGAGGACUGGUUUAUGGAUUUCCGUGUGUUGGGGAAAGGGGGUUUUGGGGAAGUGUCUGCCUGUCAGAUGAAGGCCACGGGGAAACUGUACGCCUGCAAGAAACUCAACAAGAAAAGGCUGAAGAAGAGAAAAGGCUAUGAGGGGGCGAUGGUGGAGAAGAAGAUCCUGGCUCGAGUUCACAGCAGGUUCAUCGUCUCUUUGGCGUACGCCUUCCAGUCCAAAACCGAGUUGUGUCUGGUCAUGACCAUCAUGAACGGAGGAGACCUGAGGUAUCACAUUUAUAACGUGGAUGAGAACAACCCGGGGUUUGACGAGGCGCGGGCCUGUUACUACGCCGCUCAGAUCAUCCAGGGGAUGGAGCACCUGCACCAGAAGAGGAUCAUCUACAGAGACCUCAAACCAGAGAACGUUCUGCUGGACAAUCAAGGUAACGUGCGUAUCUCUGACCUUGGCCUGGCUGUGGAGCUGGCUGAUGAUCAGCUCAAAAUCAAGGGUUACGCUGGGACUCCAGGUUUCAUGGCUCCAGAGCUGCUUAAAGGAGAGGAGUACGACUACUCUGUGGAUUACUUUACCCUGGGGGUCACUCUGUUUGAGUUCAUGGCUGCCAAGGGCCCCUUCAGGACCCGGGGAGAGAAGGUAGAGAAUAAAGUAGUGAAGAAGCGUAUCCUGAAUGAGGCAGUGAUGUAUCCAGAGAAGUUCAGUGAAAACGCCCGCUCCAUCUGUGAGGGUCUGCUGGUCAAAGAGGUCGACAAGAGGCUCGGCUUCAAGAACGGAUCUUGUGACGAGAUCAGGGCGCACCCCUUCUUCAGAGAGAUCAACUGGAGGAAACUCGAUGCAGGGAUCCUCACACCCCCUUUUGUGCCAGACUCAAAGACAGUUUACGCCAAGAACAUCGAUGACGUUGGGGCCUUCUCCACUGUGAAAGGUGUUCAGCUGGACAACAAAGACAAUGACUUUUAUGAUGAGUUCGCCUCGGGGAACAUCUCCAUCCCCUGGCAGGAGGAGAUGAUCGAGAUGGGGAUCUAUGGCGAGCUCACAGUCUGGGGACCUGAAGGCACACUGCCCAACGACCUGCGCCGAGAAUCCAUCCUGGAGCAGCCGCCCAAGUCCUCCACCUGCACGGUGUCGUGAGAGGUGACCAUGAUGCUCCACAAAACACCUAAUGGAAGAUUUUACAUGAACUGUUUGUUUCUUAAGCACUUUUUGUACAAGACGUCAGUACGUUUUAGUGGUGAGGCUGAGUGUGGAGGAUGAUGCAUGCCUCUAAAUGCAAAACCUUUUUUACUUUUAGCUCUAUACUGUUAAAUCAUGUUACAUGUCAUGUCUAUACUGUUGCUCACUUUAGUCUCAUUUUCUUGAGGUAGAGGAAUGAAUGAUCAGCUGUUAUGUGUGUGUGUGUGUGUCAGUGUGAAUAAACUGCAAGUUAAAAAAAAAAACAUUUCUAUUUCCUACCACCAUUUUUGUUUGUUUCCACUUUUUGCUUUUGCUUUAUCAUUUUGCAGAAGUGUAAAUAAACUUGUGUCCCUUGCUGCAGAGAUGUUCAAUUGAAUUGAAAUAAAUAUUUUGACAUUAAAA